GGCGGCGUUGUACGGUGCGGAUGGUUUUUCGUCGGGUUCGGGUUGGGUUUUAGUUUUGGUUCUUCGGUUUACCAUUUUCGUAGAGCCCGCUGCGCAUGCGAAACAAAUAGAAAAGCAGAACCAAGUGCGAAAAGAACUAGACCAAGAACGAUAAUAAUAAUACCUUCGAUGUGACAAAAAGAAAACAAACAACAAUAUUAAGUGCAGCGUGGAAAUGCAGUCCAAAUAAUGGCAGAGAUUUUUACCACUUAUUUACCAUUGUGCGUUGCCAGCAGUAUUAUUUGAGCAACAUUUUGACUCGGACUUAGCCGAUCGCGAUCGCUCAUCGCUUAUCGCUUGCGCAUUAGCGUUUACCUUACCCAAUUUCGUACCGCCCACAAAACGCCGACGGCGUGUGUUUUUCUUACAACAGUAUCGAUUCGUUGGCUCUAUUUACAUACCUGCCGAGUCUUAUCACAGGGAGGGCCCAUUAGCACAUUCUAAAAGAGGAAAAAUAACGUACCGAGGAUUAUUCAAAUAUUUGUGUGUCUGCCCUCUUCGCUGGGCGAUAAGAUGACCACCGGAGUUGAGUCCAGGUGCAAUAGUGCCAUAAAUUGAAGCCAGGUUUUGGGACCACCAAGCUCAAUCAGAUUAGAACCCCAGAAAUUGCCCCCCUUAUCCACCAUGAGCACUCUGCGCCCGGGCAGCGUUAGUGAUACCACGCCGCUCCAGAGAUUUGAAAGCCAGAGCAGCAGCGGCGAAGAACCCUCUUCGCCGACGGCUUCUAGUAUUAUAGCCGCAGCAGCCGCCGCCGCUGCUGCGUCUUCAAACAAAACCCCCAACCAUAAUAACAACAAUAAUGUGAAACUGGACCUACAGCUGCCAACUUUCGUUGGUAACACCGGAAGCCAUGGGUACAUUGUCCCCAGCAACAAGCCGGCAUUACGUGGCCCCCGACAAAUCUUCGGAAGGAUUCUCAUGGACCUUGGUUUGCUCAGCUGCGUUGGUCUACCCAUGUUGGGAUUUUCGCUUUAUGGCGAGGCCUUUAAACGUGGAUUCUUCUGCAAUGAUUCUUCGUUGAGACAUCCCUAUAAAGAAUCCAGCAUGCCCAGCUGGAUUCUAUACUUGAUGUGUGGCGCCUUGCCAUUUUCUGUGAUGAUAGUGGUGGAAUUCUUUAGGGCCCAGGACAAGCGCGGCUCUUUUCAGAAGCACAGGUUGGGCAGUGGCUAUCACCUUUGCCACUUGGAGUUGCCCGCUUGGCUGCUGGAAUGCUAUCAUAGGAUAGGAAUCUUUAUCUUCGGUUUAGGCGUAGAACAGCUAACCACGAAUAUAGCCAAGUACUCUGUUGGCAGGCUUAGGCCUCACUUCUUCACUCUCUGCCAGCCCCGUAUUAACGGCACCGAUUGCAGUAAUCCCUUAAAUGCUGGACGUUAUAUCGAGGAAUUCUCCUGUGCGGCAGUAGAUAUAACUUCAAAGCAGUUUAAGGACAUGCGGCUAUCCUUUCCCAGUGGACAUGCCAGCUUUGCCUGCUAUUCCAUGCUCUAUCUGGUGAUUUACCUACAACGUAGAAUGCAAUGGAAACGCCUGAGAAUGCUGAGGCACCUUCUCCAAUUCCUGCUGCUCAUGUUUGCCUGGUAUACGGCUCUUACCAGAGUUUCAGACUAUAAGCACCACUGGUCCGAUGUUUUGGCAGGAUCAGGAAUCGGUCUUACCUAUGCCGUUGUUGUGACGUCAACUAUGUGGUAGUUGGGAUCUGGAUCCUAGACUUUAUAGGGGUUGCAAACCCCUUAACCCACCGCGUUGAGCUGCUUUCGUUUUAAGAUGUCUUAGCUGCCGAAAUUUCAGUUUUAUCAUAGUUUAAAAUUUGACCAUGUCUGAUGAGGAGAACCUAUUUAUCUAUGUGUGAAAGAUUUUACUUAAUAAAUUUCAGUUUAAUGUGUUUUAUCCUUAA